AUUUAUAGAAAGUGUUCUUCUUUCGAUUUAAAACGGAUUGUUUUAAAAGCAUAAUAUUAAGAAUGGCCCAAAGGAACCGCUCAACUGAAUCAAGAAGAAAUGAUGACUGGUCAGUGCAUACUAGUAAAGAACGUUAUGUUGCAGGAAUGGUGUUAAGCGGAGCUGGAGAUGCACUCGGAUUUAAGAACGGUGACUGGGAAAACUGCACUUCGGGGGCACAAAUACAUAAAGAAUUAAAUAGUUUAGGUGGACUAGAAAACAUCUGUGUUAAAAAUUGGAUUGUAAGUGAUGACACUGUGAUGCAUCUAGCUACAGCUGAAGCUCUCAUACAAAAUAAAUCCUGUCAGGACAAAGAAAAUCUGUAUUCAUUAUUAGCACAAGCUUAUAAAGACUCUAUGUCUGAUAUGAAAGGCAGAGCGGCUGGCUUGACGUGCAUGGAAAUGUGCAAAAGACUAGACCCGUACAAACAAAAUGGCUAUCGUAUUCCUUACAGCACAUCAGGUGGAGGCUGUGGAGCUGCUAUGAGAUCAAUGUGCAUUGGAUUGAGAUGCCCAAGACCAAAAGACAUACAUGAUUUAGUAGAAAUUAGCAUAGAAUCUGGAAGGAUGACGCAUCAUCAUCCAACUGGGUACCUUGGAUCUUUAGCAUCUGCUCUGUUUGCAUCUUAUGCUGUGCAGAAUAGAGAAAUCUGUUCAUGGGGAGUUGGUUUACUUGAAACCACCAGGCUAGCUAAAAGCUAUGUGCGAAAUAAGGGUUUAUUUGUUGAUGAAAAUAUGAAAGACUGGGACUACUUUGUGAGCAAGUGGGAACAGUUUCUAAAUUUAAGAAAACUAAAUGAUGGAAGAUGGCCACCACAUUUUUCAGUGGACUUUGAUGACGUGCGGAAACGAGAUCAGUUUUAUAGAAUGAUAAGUUUCGAAAACACCGGAGGUGCAAGUGGCCAUGAUGCACCGAUGAUUGCAUAUGAUGCUUUACUUGCCUGUAAUGGAAAAUGGGAAGAGUUAUGCAAAAGAGCGAUGUUUCAUGGCGGUGAUAGCGACAGCACAGGCACUAUCGCUGGAUUCUUGUUUGGUGUAUUGUAUUGUUUUCAAGGGGUGCCAAAAUGUAACUACAAACAAUUAGAGUAUCGUGAAAGAUUGGAAAAUGCCGGGAAGAAGCUGUACGGCAUAGUGUUCUCCCAUUAAUACGUUUGGUAAAACAACAUUUUGUUUUCGCGAUGACAAUUUAAAACAAAUUUACACAAAUCAGAAAAUGUAGAAACUCUAUAGGUCGCUCAACACGACAAAAAAAAACGAAAAUGUUGCCGGCUCGCUAUCGUCCAGACUAAUAUUUAUAAUAACUAUAAUUUGAUAUUGUAUAACCGUGACAUUCUGUUGACAAAAUAUGUUCUUGCCGCUUUGCAGUAGUGAUGUUGUUUAAGUGGAGUAUAUAUUAUAAAUGCGUACAUAAUUUAGCACAAAUAUCAGUUUGUUCAUUUUGAAGGUUAAAUUCGUUGGUGCUUUAAUAAGAAAUAACAUAUUUCCGGCACGGGACAUGGAAUUUUACUGGUCUUAAAGAGAACUGUGUAACAGAGAUGCUUCCAAGGCCGAGCGGUUAAGGUCGCUGACUUCAAUCAUUUGUCCCUUAUCGAUUUGGGUUCGAGCCUCACUCGGGGUGUUGAAUUGUUCAUGUGAGGAAGGCAUCCAGCCAGCUUAUGGAAGGUCGGUGGUUCUACUCGCUCGUGACGAAAUAAUGCACGGAGGGGCAUAUAGGAUCUUCCUCCACCACAAAAGCUGAAAAGUCGCCAUUUGACGUUAAACCCAACAAAAUAUAAGAACGUUUUCCAAUGGCUAAAAAGUGGUAUUGUACACCUGGACCUCGAAUUCAUAUAAUAUCUUUUAUAUUUGUGUUCAUGCAAGAGAGUUACAAUUUUGCAGCUGUACACAAAUAUUACAAAAAAUGAAAUGUAAGUCAGCAGAUCCAACCAAAUUUUUAUAAUUAAACAACAAAGGCAUGAAUUUUCAAUAUCACUGAGUUAUUUUCAAACAGUUCAUAUAAGAACCAUCAUCGAAAUCUACUUAUACUCCUGAAUGAUAAUUUCAACAAAGAUAUAUUUUGUACUUAGUUUUUUAUAUUAUACGGUAUUGCAAUUCAUAUUGAAUACAGUCGCUAAUUGAAACGUAGUUAAAUUGCUUGUUAUAAAUUGAGUAGUUAGAAUAUAUAGUUAAGAAGGCGGUAAUACAUGUAUGAGGUGUUUAAUUUUUUCAGUGACGUAAAUUCCCAAAUUACAGUGCAUUUAACUAUAUUACCACUCACUUUGUGUUGUAGAUACUUUUAUCACUUGAUAAAGAUUAAUUUAUCGUCUAGCUUGGUUAUGUCAUUGUUUUUAAAUAUAUAUCAAUGAAGUCAUAUUCAUUUUUUCACUUUUUUUCGGAAAAAUGCCUGCUGAAAAUCUACACUUUUUACACGUUAUAAAAGUGAUAAAGACCAGUUCUCUGUUACGUCCCUCGUUUCCCUAAUUUCUGAGCUUCUUAAAGUUACUAAAUUGCACUGAUUUUAAACUACAUGUAAUUAUCUGUGUAGCGCCAUGUUCUAUGGUUAGUUCAUGAAAAGGCUCAACCAAACCGACCCUGCAACAUUUUCAUUUUUGUUGUGUUGAGCGACCUGUGUAGUUUUCACUUGUUCUUUGUUGUUUUCACUUAUUGUAUUUUAUGUUGUAUUUUGGUGCCCCUGGUAUAUUUUUUAUCUCUGUAUUUUGUUCAAAAUGUAUUAUGUUGAACGAUGUAGAACUAUUCCUCUUAUGUUUCUAAAAGAAAAGAGAACCCAUUUUCGGCUGAUGUAUCUAUCUUAUGAAAUAUAUAUUAUAUUAGCUCUUUUGUUGUGUAUCUAAUUUUCACUAUUUUAUAUAUGAAUAAAACUGAAUUAGG